CAGCACAGCGUGCAGAAUGAAGCGACUGUCGCAGAAUUCAUCCUCCUGGGGUUCUGCAGCACCCCAGCCCUGCAGCGCUGCCUCUUUGGCCUUUUCUCUGCCCUCUACUCUGGCACUCUGAUGGGAAACGCACUUGUCUUUCUGCUUAUCUGCCUGGACUACUGCCUCCACAGCCCCAUGUACUUCUUCCUCUGCCACCUCUCCAUAGCGGACAUCUGCUACGCCUCCAACAAUGUCCCCCGUAUGCUAAGGAACCUCCUUGGACAAGGCAGAACCAUCUCCUUUGCUGGGUGUGGGGCACAGAUCCAUCUUUAUUUAAUCUUUGCACUUACAGAGUGCGUGCUGCUGGCCGUGAUGUCUCAUGUUCGCUACGUGGCAAUCUGCCGUCCCCUCCGCUAUGCCCUCAUCAUGAUCUGGAGGCUGUGCCUCACCCUUGCCACAGUUUCCUGGGCUUUGGCGUUCGUAUUUGGUACACUACAAGCCUCUCUGGCUUUACACCUGCCUUUCUGGGGCCCCUGCGAGGUUGACCACUUCUGCUAUGAAAUUCUUGCUGUCUUAAAGCUGGCCUGCACUGCCGCUACUGCCAAUAAAGUCCUGAUCUUUGCUGUUUGUGUGCGCUUCCUCCUCUUCCCUUUAGCCUUAAUCCUCAUUUCCUCCCUGGACACCCUGGCCACCGUUCUGCGCAUCCGCUCUGCGCCAGGAUGGCACAAAACCUUCUCCCACCUGUGGCUGAAGUUUGAGGAGGACGUGGAAGAUGGCGGCGAGCGCUGGAGCAAGCCCUACGUUGGCACGCUGUGCUUGCACAGCCUCUCCGAGCUGAGGAGCUGCAUCAGCAAGGGGACGGUGCUGCUGGACAUUUGUGCCAACAGCAUGGAAGAGAUUGCAGAUAUGGUCCUGGCCCAGCAAGAACAGUCCACGGAGUUUGACGAGCACAGGCGGGCGCAAGUUCGAGAAGUCCUUUUGAGGAAGCACCACCAUCAGAACGAGAAGACAAACAACCUUCUCCCCGUUGUCUGCUCGUUUGCUGAUGUGAGCAAGAGGCAGUCAGACCUGCACCUCCUCUACAAGCCAGCCCAAAAAAUCACCCCUUGUCCUUCUCCCACCGCUGCGGAAGCUAAAGAUGGGGUGAACCGUGAGAGCAGAACAGUGGAUUUAAGCAAGGCGGAGCUGAGCUUCCUGAAGAAAAUUCCCAACGGGGCUGAAGCAUCCAACGUGCUCGUAGGAGAGCUGGAUUUCCUUCACCAGCCCAUCGUGGCAUUUGUCCGCCUGAGCCCGGCUGUCCUCCUCUCGGGCAUGACGGAAGUUCCCAUCCCAACAAGAACUGGAGCCAAGUGUGUUUCGCCAUACGAGUAAAGCAAAGCA